UGUCUCUCAACUCGGGUCAAAGCGUGUCGACCCACAUCCUGAGGUGGGUCGCUGAGACCCGGUUUAACCCGGGUAUGACCCAGGCAAAGGGGCUUAGAUAAGUUAGUUAGUAUAAAGUUUGUUUCCUUUUUUUUUGCCAGUAAAACUGACCGAAACUGGAAAACCUGUAUUGUGUUGACCAGGAUGGCCACACAAGACACACCCCACGUAACAGAGAUUUCUGGCAUGUGUCCCUCAACAGCAAUGCAUUGUAUGAUCAGGCCGUCAGACUAGGGUUGGAAAACAGAACAAGGUCAGAAGAGAAGAGUUGAUCCCAGAACAUCCCUUAUAACACCUUGCCUUUUUCAGACUCUCUAAUGUCAUGUGCCUUCACCUUAUUGAUAGAUGGAAUAAAGAUAGUAACCCUCCAGUGCACCAAUUAUAUAUGAGACACCAGGAUCACAGUAUUCUUCUAGCCAGUAAAUAAAUGCUCCCAGUAAGUGAAUGGUCACACUAAGGGAGCACUCAUUUACUGCUAGAGGGGUCAGUCAAUAAACACAAUGUUUUGUAAGAAGUGCCAGUAUCAUUAGUAAAUUAAUAUAUUAGUUAAUGUAAUUGAAAAGCACACCUGCAAUUUAUGUUUUAAAAUAUAAUCCACACAUGACAUAGAGGCACACCACUUAAGCUAAUUAAACCUGCAAGUACAGGCCAACACUGCCCCUACAAUAAAUGGCCGCCAUGGUAACGAUUCUUAGGUAACAGCACCAAUCAGAUAUUACAUUAAACGACUAUUAAAGGUAUCAGCCACUAGAAGUAAGCGAUAUUAAUAUGUUCUUGAAGGUAUUGUUACAAGAAGAGGCGGUGCUUUGGGGAAAUAAUUCUCUCCAGCGGGUGAAUAGUAAAAUAGUUACAUAGCUGCUGUGCUAUCUUUGAAGAGUAACUGCAAAAGCGGGAGGAUUUGCAUGCUUUUGAUACCCCCCAAAACACAGGCUGCCUGAAACAUGACACUGACGAGAGGAUCCUUCACCUACUCCAGUGGGGAGGAGUAUCAUGGCGACUGGAAGGAAGGUCGAAGACACGGGGUUGGGCAGUUAAAAUUCUCCGAUGGCACCUGCUAUACAGGACAGUUUGAGAAUGGGCUGUUCAACGGCAGUGGGGUCUUGGCAUUUUCUGAUGGGUCAAGGUACGAAGGGGAUUUUGUACAGGGGAAGUUUCAGGGGUGUGGAGUGUUCACUCGGUUUGAUGGGAUGAAGUUUGAAGGGGAGUUCAAAAGCGGCCGUGCGGAAGGAUAUGGCUUGUUGACAUUCCCAGACGGAGCUCACAGAGUCCCCCGGAACGAGGGAGUGUUCGAGAACAACAAGCUGCUGAAAAGAGAGAAGUGCCAGGCAGUGAUCCGGAGGGCACACAGUGCAGCCAAAACAGCCCGCGGGCUGUCGGUAUGACACUGGGGAGACAGCACCCAAUAGGGACCUCAGGGAUGGAUGACAGAGUGGCACUUCGCUCUCUUUUUGUUUCUAUUCUGCUGGCUGUGGUUGGUGCUCAGCAGUACUGUACUACAGUGCUCUGUCUCUGCAUUGCUUUGUAAUAAAAAAGCCACUUUUUGCAUGGUUGGUUUAUCCUGCUGGGAGACUGCAUCUACCCAAAAGGAGCAAUAUGGAGCAGAGGGUCUCCCUCCGCUUCGAAUCUCUAUAGGGCUUAUACUCUUGGGGCAGUUCAUCUCCUUAUUUCAAUCAGUGUGAUUCUGUUCUCUUGAGUUUUCAUUCAGACUCUAAUUUGUGAGCCUUAGCCCAUACAGAAUAUCAGAACCACAGUCUAAAAGUGCUUACCACAAGCCUGAUUUUAAACCCCAGGUAAGAGCUUUAUGACAUGCAGAGCUACAACACUGUGUCAUCCAUUGCUGACUGUUGCAGCGUUCAAAUACCGGCACUGUAACCUUUCAGCUGCUUAAUGUGCAUUUGAAGUUGAAAUUAAUUUAUGGAAAAAAGCGUGAAUAGUAAUAUUAUUAUCACUGUUCUUAUUGUUUUUGUUAUUAUUGUUGUCGUCAUUAUUUAUUAAUGCUGAGGAAGCUUGCUUGGUUGUUUUUCACAAAUUAUGAAAAUAUGUUUUACACUUGUAACAUUAACACACUUUUGCCUUAAUAUUGUGGUUUGUGUUCUUAAGAUGCAACAAGUUAAUAUGGGGCUACCAGUCACCUGUCUCCAGCCAAGUGUUUCUCUGCACUUAAUCUGCUUUAAGUAGAUAUUUGUUCUAACCAGGUUCUUAGAACUCAUAACAGUUCUAAAAUAUCAGUUGCAGUUCCUUUGCAGGACUCCAGGUGAGACUUGUUGUCUUCUCACAAUGACUCAGUGAUCCAGUUAUAGAUAAGUCCACACUAGUGAUCUCGUUAUACACGAAGACAGGUUGAACCAGACCUGAAUUGGUAUUAAAAGCACCAAACACUAACAAACUAACAUUUAUUUGUAAAUUAAUCAUUUUGUAUAAAAAAGCCCACCCUUCUGUUGAAUCUUUGUCAUGUCAAGCCAAACAUGAGCAAACAGUUCAGAAGCCCUGUGCUGUACACAGCCCCUCUGGGAAUUUAAAAAAGUAAAUCUAAUGAAAUACACUGAAAUCUUUAAAGUGAACAAUCUCUGGCUCAAUGUACCUAGUUGGAUUACAACAGCAGAAUCUGUAUUUUAAUCCCAUCAUUUAAAACAUAACCCCUCAGGCAUAUUCUGGCUGUAUAUACGUUAUUAUUUUUUUUUUUUUUUUUAAUUUUAAAUCAUGGUCUGAGUCUUAUUUAUGGUAACCAGGAGUUGGAACAGACAUGACAAGCAUCAAUUUGAAAAGACUAUACCAGUCAAGGUGUGUGGGCUUUUUUAAGCAAAACAAUUAAACUACAUUGACAUAGUCACAUUCCUUGGCCACAGUCCAUGUGUUGGUUUUGGGGGCAGUCAUUGCUACUUUUAAUACAGAUCAGAGUAAUUGUUGUUUCAUUAUUGAUGUUGUAGAUUUCAUGUAGAAAACUCAUCCCUUCCCUUCCACAAGAGUCCAGCUAUACAGGGAGCUGUUUUUGAAGUUGGUGUGCUUCUAAUAUUCUUCAUGGCCUUUUCUUUGAAAUAUUGCUAUGCUGCUGUUUGUGCCUUGCAAAUAAUUCAAACCUUCCCCUCACCCCAUAAGCAAACAGAGGCCCAGUCCUCUUCUAGACAGAUCUACAAAGAAUUCUGUAGUGAUUGUUUUUUUGGAGGGGGGGGGGAUUUUGUUGGGAUUAGGUUCGGCUAUGUAUGAAAAUGUUCACAUGCACGAUACACUGAGAGAGGUCACUGCAUUGCCUGCAGCUUUCACAAAGCAAAAGUUAUCAGGCCUGUUUUUAUUGCAAGGUUUGGAGUUGCUCUUUGGGAACAGAGUUUCUAAUUGUCAAAUGGUGGCUUUAAAAUCCAGGGACGACCUUGAUAAUUGACUGCUGCAUCAUUUUUAACAUUAUGAUGUUUUGUUUUCUAAACAGCAGUGCCCCCAUGUGGUUAAUCUUUUGUAUACACUGUAGAUGAAAAAUGGAAUGUAAGAUUUAAAUAUUGUUCACAACGACACUGAACUUUCUAUGUUUUUGCAUUGUGUGCAGCUUGCUGUUACGUGAAAGCUUUAACACAACUGUAACCAAGGAAUGCUGAAAUAAAUACCUUUACAUU